UCUGCAGCUGCUUCAUUGCUGACUGCUUCUUAAAAUUCUGAAGGCUGUUUUUUUUUUCUGUCACAGAACUUGCAGCAACAGCAUUCUGCUCAGAACAUGUCUGCUCUCAACACCCUCUUUAAAUACAUUGAUGAUCACCAAGACCUCUAUGUUAAGCGGUUGGCUGACUGGGUGGCAAUCCAGAGUGUGUCAGCAUGGCCAGAGAAGAGGGGUGAAAUCAAACGCAUGAUGGAGGUUGCUGCAAAGGAUAUUGAGCGACUGGGAGGCACAACCCAACUUAUGGAUAUUGGCAAACAAAAGCUGCCUGAUGGAUCAGAGAUCCCUCUGCCUCCAAUUGUUCUGGGAACGCUUGGCUCAGAUCCACACAAGAAGACCGUGUGUGUAUAUGGUCACCUGGACGUUCAGCCGGCGGCACUAGAGGAUGGCUGGGAUAGUGAGCCCUUCACACUGGUGGAAAGAGAUGGAAAGCUGUAUGGAAGAGGAUCAACAGAUGACAAAGGUCCAGUGCUUGCCUGGCUAAAUGCCUUGGAGGCUUAUCAACAAACUAACCAGGAUUUUCCAGUAAAUGUUAAGUUCUGCCUAGAGGGUAUGGAGGAAUCGGGAUCAGAAGGCCUUGAUGAAUUGAUUUUUGCUCAGCGAGACACUUUCUUCAAAGAUGUUGAUUACGUUUGCAUUUCUGACAACUACUGGCUAGGCAAGAAAAAGCCUUGUAUCACCUAUGGCUUGAGGGGUAUCUGCUACUACUUCAUAGAGGUUGAAUGCAGUGACAAGGACCUUCACUCUGGAGUUUAUGGUGGUUCAGUACAUGAGGCCAUGACAGAUCUCAUUACUCUAAUGGGUUCUCUUAUAGACAGGAAAGGAAAAAUCCUCAUCCCAGGCAUUAACGAAGCAGUGGCAUCUGUUACUGAUGAGGAGCUGGCAUUAUAUGAGAAGAUUGAUUUUGACCUGGAAGAAUAUGCAAAAGAUGUAGGAGCAGCAAAACUACUGCAUGAUACAAAGAGAGAUAUCCUUAUGCACAGGUGGAGAUACCCUUCCUUGUCUCUCCAUGGAAUUGAAGGAGCCUUCUCAGCCUCUGGAGCAAAGACUGUGAUUCCUAGGAAAGUGAUUGGCAAGUUCUCAAUCAGGCUUGUGCCAAACAUGACUCCUGAAGAAGUCACAAAGCAUGUUGAAGACUACCUGAACAAAAAGUUUGCAGAGCUGCAGAGCCCCAACAAAUUCAAAGUGUACUUAGGCCAUGGUGGGAAACCCUGGGUGUCUGACUUCGACCAUCCACACUACAUGGCUGGCAGGAGGGCCAUGAAGACAGUUUUUGGAGUUGAUCCAGACCUGACAAGGGAAGGAGGAAGCAUUCCUGUUACCCUUACUUUUCAAGAAGCAACAGGCAAGAAUGUCAUGCUGCUUCCUGUUGGAGCUGCAGAUGAUGGUGCACACUCUCAAAAUGAGAAACUAAAUAGGUACAACUACAUCCAGGGGGUGAAGAUGCUUGGUGCAUACCUCUAUGAAGUUUCCCAGCUGAAGGACUAAGUUGGAUGCCUUCUGGGUUGUGAAUCAGAAAUCUGAAUUUUCUUAGGAAACAGCAUCAACUGUCAAUUCUUACACGGCUUCCCUUCUCUACCAACACUCCACUGCUUUGGGGAAGAGGGAAGCAUACAGGUCCACUUGAGAAACAAAGAACAUUGUAUACCAAAACUAAUUCUUUAAAUGUUUCAAAUGACACAGACUACUCUUGGUCCAGCCAGUAGUCCUGAACUGCAUCUUUGUCCCCUCUAUAUCACUUCAGAGUUGUGGUUUGCUGUACUCAUCUACUUUUCCUGUAAAAGCAGGAGGAACUGUUUGCUCUCAGCUGUUUAAGCAGCCACAUCAAUUGCACAACUGUCAGUAAAGUUUAAGGUUCUUGUUCCAGGACAGGUCCUGGAAAUAGUCAAAGUGAUAGAUUAUGGGGCUGUACUGGAAUGUGUUCAAGCUCUAGUGAAGCUUCUGAGUGAUUUGGGAGAGCGGUUUGGCUCUUACAGUUUAUACCUGCCUGCAGGUUUUGAUUUACAGUGAAUUAGGUUAUAACAAAAUUCACUGGGGUAAUGACUACUGGCUGUUUUUUGUAAAGCUGCCUUUGUACUCCCUAAAAAGGACAAUAAAUCAUGCACUAGCAAUUG